GGUUCCUUAUCAUGGGAAUCCCGCUGGACUUGGAAAUUGUUUUAUUCCUCUUCUCCUUCUUCCAUCCAAUCUGCAAUUUCCAAUACGAUGCCUUCUUUUGCUAUGGUUCCUUCUUCUUCCCACCUGUGGCUCCCCCGAAAGCCACCCAAGCUUGUUUUACCCGUUCGUGCAUCUUCUUCUUCUUCUUCUCCAGUUUCUUCCACUUCCUUCGAUUUGAAGUCCUAUUGGACUUCUCUGAUGUCUCAGAUCAAUCUCAAGCUGGACGAAGCCAUUCCCGUCAACUUCCCUCCCCAGAUCUACCAAGCUAUGAGGUACUCUGUCCUCGCCAAAGGUGCUAAGCGCUCCGCUCCUGUCAUGUGCAUCGCCACCUGCGAACUCUUCGGCGCCCACCGCAGCGCCGCUUUCCCCACCGCCUGCGCCCUUGAAAUGGUUCAUGCAGCUUCAUUGAUCCAUGAUGACCUACCCUGCAUGGAUGACUCUACCUCUCGUCGAGGCCAGCCCUCCAACCACACUGUCUAUGGUGUUGACAUGGCCAUACUCGCUGGUGACGCUCUUUUUCCACUUGGAUUUCAUCACAUUGUUUCCCAUACUCCCUCUGACCUUGUGCCUGAGGCCCAACUCCUCCGUGUGAUCUCCGAGAUCGCCCGUUCUGUAGGCUCCACCGGCAUGGCGGCGGGGCAGUUCCUCGACCUUGAAGGCGGGCCUAGCGAAAUUGGAUUCAUCCAAGAAAAGAAGUACGGGGAAAUGGGGGAGUGUUCUGCAGCAUGUGGAGGACUUCUAGCUGGUGCUGAAGACGAUGACAUUGAGAGACUGAGGAAGUAUGGGAGAGCUGUGGGAGUACUGUACGCAAUUGUGAAUGAUAUUUUAAGAACAAAAACGAAAUCUGAGAAAGAAGGCGAGAGGAAAAACAGGGGGAAGAGUUAUGUGGAGAUAUACGGAAUUGACAAAGCAACUGAGUUGGCUGAGGAGCUUAAAGCAAAGGCCAAGGCAGAGUUAGAUGGAUUUCCUCAGAAGUACCAGGAACGAGUGUUUCCUCUGUAUGGUUUUGUGGAUUAUGCUGUGGAUAGAAGUUUCAGUGUUGUGGACGCUACUAGUGCAUGACGGAUUGGUUCUUGGAAUUUGAUCCCACAUUCUUUUGCCGGAAUCUUCUUCCAUCACUUUUUUUGACGGCAGUAGCUCAAAUGCUGCUUCUGAGCUGAAGCAGCACGGACACACGCAGUUUUCUGCCUGAAACCUUAACCAGAGCUGGCUAAUUCUGAUUUCAUAUAUCUGUUGUUUAUUCUCGGAACAUUGCCAUCAAAAUUGUUCGGAUGCAUGAUAAUAAGCGUGAUCCUAAGAUUAACUGUUUAUUGUGUUACUGUAGGCGGGUUAGUCUAUACAAAACGCUCAAGUUGUUAAA